CUUUUAGGGUCAGAAUGAUUUUGUACGUCUUAAUUGAACUUACUGGUGAACAAGAUUUUCUUGAACAUUACAGCAGUGCAAUCAGGCACGCAUAACAUGGAGUCAUAUGAGCAUUUUGGAGUAAUUGCAAGAGGGUCCUUCGGGACUGUUGAUUUAUAUAAAUGGAAAGAUGAAAGACUUGUGGUAUUCAAGAAAAUUUCCCUGGACAACAUGACAGAGCAUGAAGAAGAGAUGGCUUACAAGGAAGCUGAACUGAUGUCACAAUUAAACCACCCCAACAUAAUUUAUCUGCACGAGUGCUUCGUCAGUAAUAGAGUUCUGUGCAUUGUUAUGGAAUAUGCAAUGGGAGGCACACUAGACGAGUUCCUGCGGAAGAAAGACGGCAUAUUAAUGGAACAGGUUGAAGUUGUGUACAUGUUCAGCCAGAUGGUGCUUGGGUUGCACUACAUCCAUCAGCAAGGGGUGUUGCACCGAGACCUCAAGCCUUCAAACAUAUUACUGAAACCAGUAGGGGUAGAGAUUGUGAUCAAGAUCGCUGACUUUGGGAUCUCAAAAAUACUCGAGAGUAGGAAGACAAAAUUAUCCUCCGUGUUGGGAACCCCAAGCUACCUGGCACCAGAACUCUGUGAGGGUCAGCCUUACAACAAGAGCACUGACAUCUGGGCACUAGGUUGUGUUCUGUGUGAAAUGAUGACUCUGAAGAAAGCAUUUGGGGCUGAUACAUUAGGAUCAGUUGUAAGAAAAAUUCUUCAAUGCCAGUUCCCACAACCUAGAGCAGACAUAUAUGGGCAACACCUACGAUACCUGCUGUAUCAGCUACUACGUGCAGAUCCUGUGCAGCGUCCUAUGACAGAGAUGAUCUUGGCUGAUGUGGCAAUUGCCGAGAUGUGUCAAAAACUGAAGCUGAACCUGGGACUAGUUCCUGAAAAGAAGCCGUUAAUUCUACCCACUACAGCAUUUAAUUAACCCUGAGCAGAUAAGAAAAAAGAUGGAACCUUGUGUGUUAAAACAUUUAGAAAUGUCACAAACAUGUUUGAAACAAUAUGUCUGGUAUGCUCCUGUUUCUCAAACUAUAACAAAAGAACAUUUUCAUAUUUUUUGGAAGCUGCACCUUUCUCACAUCAAGUACUUCAACUGCAAGUGAAGUAAUGCUCAUUCUCAGCACAAAGCUAUGAAUGUGACUGUUCCUACUUACGACCUAGAGAUAAUGGUGUUUUAUAUGCAUGCAUGUUUUGUACCUUAGUUCUUUAUGUCGGCUUCAAAUGCUGAUUUUCAAUAUAUGUACAAACUAUCAAAAUACUGUGUAUGUUUGAGGAUGUUCAUUGCAUUACUGUAGUUCACUUUCAGACAUGAGUGACCAAGCCUUAAACAACAUGCACUGCCAAUACUUGA